AUGAGCUUCCUUGUUGCAAAGCCGCAUGUCUCAGCGUGUUCACUGACAUACAACGUAGUUUAGACACACAUACCGGGCCCCACACACUGUGAUGUCUAAACGUCAUACCAAGGGCCCGUCAGCCCAGGCUAGAGCUAGUAGCAGAACUAGCUUGAGAGUAUUGCUAGAUAUGGAUCAAGUGUUAGCCGACUUCGAAGGACAUUUUCUCAACACCUACAAACAACAGCAUCCAGACUUGCCGUACAUAGAGAAGGAGGACAGAAAUACCUUCUACAUAACUGAACAAUACGCCACUCUGGGUCCAGACCUGCCCGAGACGGUGGAAGACAUCAUCACAGAGGAGUUCUUCUUCCUAAACAUCCCGGAGAUAGACGGGGGCGUGGCUGCAGCCAGGGAGAUGGCAGACAUGGAGGAUGUGGAUGUGUUCAUUUGCACCAGUCCAAUGACGUUCUAUAAAUAUUGUCUACACGAGAAGUAUCAGUGGGUGGAGAAGCAUCUCGGCGAGCAGUGGCUGGACAGAAUCAUCAUCACCAAGGACAAGACGCUGGUUCACGGGCACGUGCUGGUGGACGACAGACUCAACAUUACAGGUGUAUGUGAGCAGCCCACCUGGGAGCACAUAGUCUUCACGGCGAACCACAACGCAAGGUUUGACGCGGGGGGCAAACGACGGCUGGACAACUGGACAGACGGACAGUGGAGGAGUCUCAUUGAAGACUUUCAGAAGAGGAUAUGACAAGCUGACAAAAUAGAAUACAUGCUGGAACAAUC